AGGCCAUCAGGUUUCCUGCCCGGAAUUUCUCCUUGCUGUCACUGCCAUUGCCUCCUCUGCCUCGUUCCCUUCUAUCCGCUUGAUCAGGAGAUAUCCACCUGCAAGGAUUGUCUACAAGGAUUUUCCCCACGUGGCUUGAUUCUGGACUUGAUACCCCAACUUGCUCGAGAAUCAUAAGCAGGGCUCCAGGACAAGAUUCUCGUCCUUCCACCAAGACACUGACCGGCUCUCAUAUCCACGAAGCCUAAACUUCCAAGGCCCUGCCUUACAGAUAGUGGGAAAAGGAUAGCGGAACAUCACCAUGGCAAACCCGGCCGAAGAGCUCAAGCAAAAGGCUGAGAUCGAAGAGUAUGUUACAGAUGACCGCUCUAGAGAGGUCAUCGAGUUUGAGAAGAAGGAGGCCAAGUUGCGGCGCAAGCUCGAUCUCUACAUCGCCCCCGUGAUGAUGCUUCUCAUGCUCAUCAGCUAUCUUGAUCGUGGCAACAUUGGGUUCGCAGCCACCCAAGGCAUGGCUGAUGAUAUCGGUCUGCAUGGCAACCAGCUCAAUACUGCCGUUUCCAUCUUCUACUGCACCUAUGUGCUUGCCGAGCUACCAACCUCGUUAUACGUCAAGCGACUUCAGUUCCACCGAGUCAUCCCCAUCAUCACCUUUUGCUGGGGACUUGUUUGCAUGUGUAUGGGAUUCAUCCAGAACUUUGCUGGUCUCUGUGUCUGCAGAAUUCUGCUCGGAUGGUUUGAAGGCUGUCUGUUUCCCUCCAUGACGCUUUUCCUGGCCAACUGGUACAGGCGGGAAGAACUGGCUCAAAGAAUAUCCUACCUCUUCAUUGCGUCUGCUCUGUCCGGCGCGUUUGGCGGCCUCAUCGCCUUUGGCAUCCUGUACAUGGACGGCGUCGCCAACUACCCCGGUUGGCGAUGGCUCUAUAUUCUGGAGGGUCUCAUCACGCUCGUCUGGGCGGGAAUGUGCGUGUACCUGGUCCCCAAGAACUACCAGACCGCCUACUUCCUCAACGACGAAGAGAAGAAAGUCAUGGCCGUCCGCGCCGAGCUGUCGGAAUCCUACUCCGGCGGCGACGGCCACUACAAAGUCAACGACCUCAAGCUGGCCUGGAAGGACACCAAAACUUGGCUGCACGGUGUCAGCCAGAUUGCCGUGGUCACCAUCCUCUACGGGUUUGGCACGUUCUUGCCCAUCAUCAUCAAGAACGGGUUGCACUACUCCACCAAACAAGCCCAGUAUCUGGUCAUCCCCGUCAAUCUCUGGGGCGCCGUCGUCUACGCCGUCGGCGCCGUCAUCUCUGACAAGUACCACAAGAGAUUCUUGAUCAUGGUGGUUUGUGCCCCCGUCGGCAUUGCAGGAUACGCCAUCCUUCUGAAAAUGGACGACGUCUCGGUGGGCGUUCAAUAUUUCGCCACGUAUCUUAUCGCCACGGCAUGCUUCCUCUGCACCGGAGGCAACAUUGCAUGGCUGUCCGGUAAUGUGGCACCCGACGGAAAGAGAGCUGCGAGUUUGGGUACCCAGCUCACCCUCACCAACCUGGGGGGCAUCAUCUCUGGCCAAAUCUACGCCUCCACAGACGCUCCCAGAUUCGUCCUCGGCCACGCCUGGUCCCUGGGCAGUCUGGCCUUUGCCUUCAUCGUGUUCAACAUUCUCCGCGUGCUCUACCAGAGGCGUGAGAACUGGAAGGCCGAGCAGCGCGCCCAGGGCGUGGUGACUCCGCCAGAGGAGUUCACCGACCGGUCGCCCGAGUUCAAGUACCAGUUCUAAACCAAGAAUGGCUGCGUGGAUAGAGGGACGGUUGUGGGGGUUCAGCUGGAAUGAGGCAAAUCCUGCAGCGGCCGAGGGUUCCCAAAUAGCAGAAUGUAGUCUCAAAUCCUUCACCAAAAAAAGUAUGUUUGAUAG